GUUGACCCUUCAGAAUCUAAAGCAGAGGACGAUGAUCUCCCAGAGGAUUCCCGAAAAGAAAACCCCAUCAUCUCAGAUCUCUGUCUAUCUCCCAAUGAAGAUCUAUCAUCCGAUCCUUCUACACAUAAAGGGAAUCUUCCUCAAUCCCAUCCUCUUAAUCAUUCCACUUCUGCGAAAAAAACCGAAACCCUCCCAUGUUCUGAAAAUGAGAAUUUCCUAGAAAAAGCCGAUCUUAUCAAAAGAACUUGCGUAGGGUUGAAACCAUAUUCAUGUUCUGAAUGUGGAAAGUCAUUUGCGUACAUGUCCCGUCUCAAUGCGCAUAGGCAGGUUCACAUAAACACAAAGCCAUACGCGUGCUCCAAGUGUGGUAAACGUUUCAGAUGGAAAUCAUGUCUCUCUAGGCACAAAUGGUUCCAUCGAGAUGAAGCCCCAUUCUCUUGCUCCCAAUGUGGGAAAUGUUUUGCAAAGAAGUCCUACCUAGACGAGCAUCAGAAAAGGCACACCAGCGAGGAGCCAUUUACAUGUUCGGAAUGUGGCAGGUCCUUCACGUUGAAAUCCUACCUGGUCAAGCAUCGGAAGACACACCUGGGCCAGAAGCCGUACUCCUGUUCAGAAUGUGGACGGUGUUUUGCCGUAAAGGCGUGUCUGGUGGAUCACUUUAGAAGCCACACGGGCGAAGGUCCCUUUUCUUGCGCAGAGUGUGGGAAGUGUUUCACAUACAAAACAACUCUGGCAGACCAUCAAAGACUCCACACUGGAGAGAACCUCUAUUCGUGUUCUGAGUGCGACAAACGUUUUACCCAAAGGAGACUUCUGGAAAAGCACCAAAGAGUUCACACGGGAGAGAAGCCUUAUACGUGUUUCCAAUGUGGAAAAUGCUUUGCGCAGAAAUCGGACCUUGGCAGGCACGAAAAACGUCACAGAAACAAGGCUGAAGGCAGGCCCACCUGA